AACUUCAGACAUAUCCAUCAGAACGAUAAUUGAACUGGGUAGAGCAAGAUGUUGGCGUAAAGUUAUCUUAAUAAAAUCAGUUUUAAUUUAAAUUAAUAAAAACUUUUUAAAUUGGGUCCAAAUUUCAAGUAGAAUGUUAUCCCCAGCAGCAUGGCUCGCUUUGGCGUUAACUGCAGCGUACUUCUGCUCUGGUGUCCACUUUUAUGACUAUUGUAAGAUGGAAGUAAACUGCUCCAAAGGUAAACACAUCGCUUGCCAUCCAGAACAAAUGUUUAGCAAAAGUGGAAGAGGUGUGCCUACCAAAAACUGGACAAGGAUUGUCAUGACAAAAGAGUUACGACAGGUUUUAAUCGAUGCCCACAAUGAGAAAAGGAAUGCUGUGGCAUGCGGCGAUGGAGCAAUUAAGGACAAAGAUGGGAAAACUUAUCCCAAGGCUACUCGGAUGAGGGAGCUGGUUUGGGAUACGGAACUAGAAUAUAUUGCAAGAAUGCAUGCCGAUCAGUGUAUUUUCGCUCACGAUGACUGCCGUUUAUCUUCUAAAUAUCGACACGCUGGACAAAACCUAGCCAUGCGGAUGUCAACAUCAGCUAGUGGGCCUGCUAUAGAAGCUGUCCUUAAAUUCGUUAACGCAUGGUUCGUAGAAUUCAAGGAUUGCGCCAUUGGUGAAGUCGACGCUGUUGGGAGUACAUCGACUGAUAAGCAAAUUGGACAUUUCACUGUUAUGGUGAAUGAACGUGUUACAAGACUUGGUUGCGCGUUAACCAGGUGUGUCCAAAAACCGGAGAAAAACCAAAAGUACAUGCUCCUACUCACAUGUGACUACUCGUUCACAAAUAUGAAAAGACUUCGAAUGUACACAAAAGGAAAUUCUGCGGCUAGUAAGUGCGACGAAGUGAAGUCCACGAAAAGUGCACGUUAUAAGUGUCUAUGUACGCAUAGUGACUAUCAAUUAUAACUCGCUUGAAAUGGUUAAUUUAUUCUAAUUCUAAGUUCAAAUAAAAUUCCGGUUUACUAAGA